AUGUCUCCUCCUCCUCCUCCUCCUCCUCCUCCUCCGAGCGACGAUAUAACCACCACACCAACGUCGACUACUUUCCUCACAAUCGUCAAGCUCGGCGGCCGCUCCAUAACCGAUAAAUCCACGUACGAAACCUUGGAUAAAACUGCGCUCGAGAAGUGUUCCAUUCUGUUACAGAAUGCGAUUUCGAAGAAGACAAAGAAGAAUGAAAACGAGAGAGUGAUAGUCAUUCACGGGGCGGGUUCGUUUGGCCACAUGUCCGCGAAACGAUGCGGGUUAGGCGACGAGGACAGGAAAUUGAAGAUGACCUCCUCGCCCUUCCUGGACGGGUGCGAAGAGACGCGCAGGAGCGUACAAAAGUUGAACGAGUUGGUGUGUGAAAGUUUAGAAGAAGAGAAAGAAAACAAAGUCAAAGUUGAAUGCGUUCGGAGACAUUUAGGCGACGCGUGGCGGUUCAACGAGAAAGGAGAGGUGGAUGUUCUCGGUUACGCUUCCGUGAAGGAGUAUUGCGAAGCGCAUUGUUUCUCUGCGUCUCCUACUUCGUCGUCGUCCUCAAAGUCGCUUUUGUUGUUACUCCACGGGGACGUCGUGGAGGACGCCACGCACGGGCGUUCGAUUUUGAGCGGAGAUAGAAUCGCGCUUGAAAUAGCAAAGGCGUACGCGUUGAAUAAAACGAGAGACCAAAGGGUUGUCAUCAGAGUCGUGUUCAUCACCGGAGCGAGAGGCGUGUUUAGUCGCGACCCGGAUGGUGUUGACGCUGAUGCCGACCUGCCUUGUAGGAUGCUACGGAAAAUUGAAACGACAAUCGACGGUGAGUGGACGUGCGUGAAGGAUAACUUGAAAAGUGACAUCGAAGAUAUCGCGUACGCCACGAACGACAGUUUACGGUACAACGCGUCUAGCAGUGAACACGAAAACAACGACAACAACAACAAGAGAAAAAAAGAAGAGCAAAUAUCUGCAACCGCUUGCUCGCACGACGUUACCGGCGGCAUCUUAGGAAAGAUUCAAUCUUCAGUAACCAUCGCAAAUCUCUCUUCGUCUCCGGGAUACACGAGCGUCCAAGUGUAUAUCACCAGCGUGCACAACGAGAACGGCGACGAGGACGCGUUCGCCGCUCUGAGCGGCUCGGUCGAUCUCGAAACGCUCGUCGAUACGCGAACGGGGAAGCCGUUUCGCGGCACCGUGAUCGUUCGCAAACAACAAGAGAAACGAGACUGA